CCCACGCGAGACCGCUCCGGCCACCGCUCACCGCAAGGGGAAAGUGGAGCCUGGGGUUUUUCACCCGCUCCCCAUCGCUCUGGAUUGUGGCCGGGGAGCCGGCUGGGGUUUGGGGAGGCCCGUCGCGAGAUGUACCAGAGUUUAGCCAUGGCAGCUAACCCCGGCCCUCCGGCGUACGAGGGGGCAGGUGGCUUCAUGCACAGCGCAGCCGCAGCAUCCCCCGUCUAUGUGCCCACCACGAGGGUCACCUCCAUGCUCCCCAGCCUGCCGUACCUCCAGAGCAGCGGCUCUUCCCAGCAAGGCAGCCCCGUCUCCAGCCACUCCAUCUGGACUCAACCCGGAGCCGAAAGCGCCACUUACAACCCCGGAUCUUCUCACCCUCUGUCACCUCGGUUCUCCUUCUCCACCAGCACCCCCAUCCCUGCCACCUCUUCUCGGGAAGCCGCGGCGGCUUACAGCAGCUCCUUGAACCUUUCUGCUAACGGGAGGGAGCAGUACAGCAGGGGUUUCGGCAGCUCCUAUUCCAGCCCCUACCCGGCUUAUAUGAGCCCCGAAAUGGCCACGACCUGGACUUCUUCGCCCUUCGACAGCCCCAUGCUGCACAACCUGCAGAGCCGAGGGACGCCCGCAGCCACCCGGCAUGCCAACAUCGCAGAAUUUUUUGAUGAUUAUUCAGAGGGGCGAGAAUGUGUCAACUGUGGGGCCAUGUCCACCCCACUCUGGAGGAGAGAUGGCACGGGGCACUACCUCUGCAACGCCUGCGGGCUCUACCACAAGAUGAACGGCAUCAACCGGCCCUUGUUCAAACCUCAGAGGAGGCUGUCGGCUUCCCGCCGCGUUGGCCUCUCUUGUGCCAACUGCCACACAACGACAACCACGCUCUGGCGCAGAAACGCCGAGGGAGAGCCCGUCUGUAAUGCCUGCGGUCUCUACAUGAAGCUCCAUGGGGUUCCAAGGCCUUUAGCAAUGAGAAAAGAGGGCAUUCAGACAAGGAAGCGCAAGCCAAAGAACCUUAACAAAACAAAGACGCCAGCAGGUCCAUCCAGCAGCGAGAGUCUUACCCCGACCACCAGCUCCACCAGCAGCAGCAGCAGUGCCACGACCACUGAGGAAAUGCGCCCCAUAAAAACAGAACCUGGGCUCUCAUCUCAUUACGGGCACCCCAGCCCAAUUUCUCAGGCAUUCUCAGUCUCUGCCAUGUCCGGACAUGGAUCAUCUAUUCACCCUGCGAUUUCAGCUCUGAAGCUUUCCCCGCAGGCUUACCAGUCAGCUAUCGGCCAGUCUCCACAAACCAGCUCCAAACAGGACUCCUGGAACAGCCUGGUGUUAGCUGAAAACCAUGGGGAUAUCAUAACUGCAUAACCUGGUCUUCUACCCAUGAACUUCAGGCUGAUCCACUUGAGAGAUGAAGAAGAUGCCAUGUAAUCAUCAAGUCAAUGCUGUUUCCCACCUCCCCUGCUCUCCUGCCUUCUCUCCCCUUGUGAGAUGUUCCAGCAAAGAGGUAAAGAGGACUUAUCUGAGGUUUAGGAGAGCUCUUACACAACGAACAGAGAAGACUCAAAUCUCAAAGUAACUAAUGGAUUUGAAGCCUUUUUUUCCCACUUUAAAUGAGCCUCUCUAUUUGAUUGUCACCGCCUUCUGUGAAAUAGCCAGAAACACAAAGAUGGACACAGUUCUUGAGUUUUGUUUAUUUAAAAAUACCUGGCAUUUAAGACUCAGACAAUGGUGGAGCAGAGAUACAUUUUUCUUCUGUCACCAUCUGUUCUUUUCCUGACCAGAAGAAAAUGCCACCAUCUUCUCAUUUCCCAAAUUCAGUGAUCUUUCACCAAAUGGAGCCAGUUCCAGAACAGUUUGUUGAACAGACUUCACUAGACAUGCUGUGGUGGCUUUAGUGGAUUUGAUAUGAUCUAGGGCAGAGAAAAAAAGAGACCCUCCCCCCCAAACAUCCUCAGCUCACACAUCUAGAGCAUUGUCUUCAUUUUCCUAGAUGGUCUGAAAAGCUAAUGAAUGUCCGUAUUUAGUAACUCCUUUCCUAUUUAUCAUUACAAAAGCAUGGGACUGUGUUUCCAAAAGGUUGUUGGCUGAGCCUGGAGAAGGUCUGUCCAAAGUCAAAGCAGGAUUUGGGAAGGAGGAACCUUCUGGAAGCAGGUAGAGGAGACCCAUGUUGGUCAUCAAAUCCUGGAGGAAAUUGCUGGGCUCCUCCCUUACGGAUAGCUACAAGCCAGGCCCAGAGAUUAUUCAAGAGCACAGCAAGUGAAAGAUGCUCUUCUAACGCUGCUGUGCCAUUGCUUUUGAGACAGCUAAUUUAAUUAUUUUGCAUACUUUUAUGUUGGUUUUGAUGUCAUUGAUGAAAUCUGAUUGUCAUUUAUUUUUGGCUGUACUGUGAGUGCCCACUUUCCUUCUAACAGCUGGCUCGUGACCACUUCACACAUCUAACCCUUUAGGAUUUCACCUUUUGCAACAAGCAAGGGCUUCAGCCUCUAAUGGAGGUAGGCAGGGGCCGUUUUCUUUACCAAGCAUGUGCACAGACUUGCUUGCCUGCAAGAGAAGCAUAAGUCCAUUCAUGCAUGAGUAUUAAACAAGACUCGUGUUUUUUCUUGCCCAUAAGGCUCUCAGCAACCAGGGAAUCCUAGCAAAUGGAGCUGGAAGAGAUGCUGAGAGCUCACCGACUCAUUCCCUUUUCCCAAAGGGAUCAAUUCUACCUAACCUAGCCCUGACUGCUCUUUCUCUAGCAUGCGCUUAACAAACUCCAGCAUCGCAGAUGCCACAGCUCCCCUGCGCAGCCUAAGUGCUUCACCAGAUGCUUGCCAUGACGUUUUCAUCAACGUUUCUGAGGAGGGACAGCUUUGCCUGUCCAGGCAGAGAAUUUCUGGGAGACCUCAUCCUACAAGAUUCUCCACUUUUGUUUCUGUCCACUCCCAAACUGUUACUCUUCUUGCCUUCCCAGCUCCUCUCUUUUCCUCCCUGCAUCCAGAACUCAAGUACGGAACUACCAAGUGAAAAUCUAGAAUAGGGAUCGUGCAUCCCUCCUAAAUGUGCCAUCCUCUGUCUCCCACUGUUUAACAUUCCCACAGAGAGUGUUUCCACCCAAACACCAAGAUACAUGGCUUGGCGAAGAGGAAAGCCACAUAUAUGUUUGAAGAAAAAGAAUGGCAUUGUGUUGUCUUUGAACUCGCCAUUUUCCUCCUGAUGGUAGAAAAGCUUCUUUAAGGAGAAGGAUUCAACUGGACUGGUCAUGAUAAAGACUGGGACUGGAGUCACAGUAGAGACCUGGACCCUUCCACAUUCCCUGUGCUCUGCGUAACUCAGAUUUGCAGGGUUUUGGAGGGGUGACAGAGCCUCUGCACUCCUCAGAGAAAAACACCAUGGCAGUGACGCCAUGGGAAUGGCUGGAUGGUGUCUGCCCCAGAGUUUCCACUCUGUCUUGCUGAGCUAAUGCAGGGUCUAGCCUCAUUAGUGUUAAUUACAGACAAGGAAAAGACAUUCAUGAAACAUGAAUAAAAAUAAAUAAAAUGCUGCGAUUCUGCUCAGGUGUGGUAGGCUGCAGAGAAGAGGCCAGAAAUAGCACCUAAAAAUAUGAAUUUGGGGUGAAAACAUAAAGGCAGUUCUCCCCGGGCGUGCAGGUCUUUAGCCAGCCUCCUCCUUGACCUAUAUUCCUUUGUAAAUGGCAACUGAGGUCUCUUGGGAUCUGGCUGUGAAUUCCUGUCCGUAACAGAGAAGCACGCACCACAAAGAUGCCACUUGGCUAAUGCACACAUUUGAGACACCUAGAACUACCCUGGACAACCUGAGAGGGAGGGGAGCCGGUGGCCUCCUGGAGAGGAGCUAAAGUCCGGACUAACCACACGCCUCAUUUCUCUUUCCAUACGGAUGCUCCCAGAGGCUCUGUCCACCUUGCCUUAUUACUGCACUCCUCCUACUGCCCUCAGAGCUAAACUCCCUGGCUGCAUUUUUUCUCCUGCCCUUAAAACACACUCUGAGAUGCCAUAAAGGAGUCUGUUUGCAAUGCAAGAGGGGAAAACCUCUGCAGGACAUAAGCUUGCCUUAUGCUCCCUCAGGUUAUCUAAAUGACCAUGGUAGAGAUUUGUUAACUGGUUCUCAGCCUUCCGCAAAGCCUUAAAAAUAAUUCUUGAAAUGCAGUGAGGAGCAUUUACGAGGACCCUGAUAACAGAACAAGUCGUCUGCAUUGAGAAGGUGAGGCUAAGGGGGCUGUGAGGACAACUUGUCUCUCUUUAGUGGUAGAAAUUAACUCUUUUGUCCCCCCUUUUGCACCACAAGCAGUAGAAGUUCAGAUGCGCCUGGUUCUGCUGUUCCUUUCAAUCACCCAAAACUGUUGUAGAGCUAUUGACCACCCUCAUGGUGGAAAUGUUUUUCCAAAUAAACGUUAGAUUCUAAUGAGAAGCACAAUCAUUGGUAAAUUAAUUGCUCAGGCUUGGGGACUCCCAAGCAAUGAGUCAUUGCAGGAGACUGAAAGUUGUCUCCAAGCCCAGGAGUCACACUGAGCCCCUUCUGGUAGGUAGGAGCUGGGAUGGCCAGCGCAGGAUGACAAACACCAGAAGUGACAGGUGAAGGGAUACUCACAGGACGAGAGGAUAAAAGUGCUACCAGUUUCAGGACACUCAGCUCAUUCUAGCAGGAGGGGCAACUUACAAAAUUCUGGGUUCCACCUGAGCUCUGCUUUCCUUCCCAUGAUGGGGGAGGCAUUUAGAGCCUGUUUCGCUAAUGAAAUUAGAUACACUUAUUAGGCAAGAUAAUUAUUGCUAUUAUUAUUGCUGUAAUUUAUUUCAUUGCAGCGUGGCUGGAGAACCUAGUGAGGACCAUACCAGGCCAGGUCCUACACAAAUGCAGGACCAAGAACCAUCCCUGCCCUGAGGAGUAAGAGGCAAGGGCCCAGUCCUGCAAAACACUUAAGCACGUAUAUAAAUGCGUUUAGUGGGAUUUGUUCCCUUAGAGGUCAUCACUAAUCACACAUGCAAAUUUUGAUGUCGAAGGGUUUGCAGCACAAGGUUUGAUUGUGCCAAGCCAGGCCUUUGCAAUGGCUCAGUGGUCACCGGAGUGAAAUGAGCAGAUGAGAAGCAGGACGGGAAGCCAGAGGGGUAGAAAGGUCAUUUAACCAUUUCUAAAUGUCUUUCCUCUUUGUGGAAGUGCAAUAUCUUGAAUCACUUCAGUUCUUCUUUUGUAAAUUGAUCAGAAGAGAUCCAUAUUUUCCUUGCAAUCUUAUGGGCUGACUGGAGAGGGUGCAAUCAGGAGGAGCUCAGGAAUAUUGUAAGGGAGCUUUAAAAGCGAUCAACAACUCUUAAUGUAACACUGAAGCUGUGACUAUGUCAGGGGUGGUGUUCUGUUUUGCUUUUUUCCCCCCCCAUGUAUAAAGUUUGAAGCUUCCCAGGUCAUCUGGGAAGGUCCCAUGGAAAUAGACACUUAUUUGUAAGGGGGAGAGGGAAACCAACCAACUGAACAAGCUGUAAUUAUUUAAAGAUCUAAAAAACUAUAUAUUAUGAAGUAGUAUGGCUACCAAUCCACGUAACUUCUACACCUUUAGAACUAAUGGAAAUAAAACAAUGAUAAUAAAA